AUGUUUCUCGCUUCUCGGUUUAGCGUCCGGCACGCAAUUAAACCUCAAUGCUGGAGACCGUUCGGGUCAGUUUCGCAACUGACAAGACAACAGGGCCUGGAACUCCGGUUUGCCACUAGUUCGCUCGUCCGGAGCGUUGGUGCCAAACCUUUACAACGCGGACCCCCCCACCGAUUUUUCCACUCAUUUCGGCCUAUUCUUCAAGAAGCUCCCAAACCUGCGCCUGCUACGGCAAAGAAACAGCGCCAUUCACAGGUGCAGAUCCUCAAGGACCUGCUCUCCUACAUAUGGCCGAAAAACAACCCCUGGGCCAAGUUCCGCGUUGUUGUGGCUCUAGCCAUGUUGAUCGCAGCCAAGAUCCUUAAUGUGCAGGUUCCGUUUUUCUUCAAGUCUAUCAUCGAUUCCAUGAACAUAGACUGGGUCUCGCAGGCGGGCGUGCUCCCCACCACCAUCGGCGCAAUCAUCCUUGCGUACGGAGUGACCCGGUUCGGGGCCGUCUUAUUUGGCGAGCUCAGAAACGCAAUUUUUGCUCGUGUGGCUCAGAGUGCCAUUAUGGAGGUGGCACACAAAACGUUUGUGCAUCUGCUCAACCUUGAUCUGAACUUCCAUCUGGCUCGGCAGACGGGAGGCCUCACCAGGGCCAUCGACCGGGGUACCAAAGGUAUUUCGUACGUUCUGACGGCAAUGGUUUUUCAUAUCUUGCCAAUUACCUUUGAGAUCUCCGUCGUGUGCGGUAUCCUGACAUACAACUACGGUCCCUCGUUUGCCGCGGUGACUCUGCUCACCAUGCUGGCGUACUCUGUGUUCACCAUCAGAACCACAGCCUGGAGAACCGGGUUCCGAAGACAGGCCAACAAGGCUGACCAAAAGGCAGCCAGCGUGGCAUUGGACUCGCUGAUUAACUACGAGUCCGUCAAGUACUUCAACAACGAGGCGUUCCAGUCGCACAAGUACGACUCGGCCCUCAACAACUAUAAGAACGCCUCCAUCAAGGUUGCCACGUCGCUUGCGUUCUUGAACUCGGGCCAGAACCUGAUCUUCACUUCUGCUUUGACGGCCAUGAUGUACAUGGCGUGCCAGGGUGUGGCAGCCGGCUCGUUGACGGUCGGCGACUUGGUGUUGAUCAACCAGCUCGUGUUCCAGCUGUCUGUUCCUCUCAACUUUUUGGGCUCUGUGUACCGUGAGCUGAAACAGUCGCUCUUGGACAUGGAGUCGCUGUUCAACCUGCAGAAACACAACAUCACCAUCAAGUCCAAGCCAGACGCUCCACCGCUCAACAUGCACGGCGGCGAGAUCAAGUUUGAGAACGUCACUUUUGGCUACCAUCCAGAUCGGCCGAUUUUGCGCAACUGUUCCUUCACGAUCCCCGCCGGACAGAAAGUUGCCAUUGUGGGGCCCUCGGGAAGCGGCAAGUCCACCAUUCUGCGACUCGUGUUCCGGUUCUACGACGUGUCUGAGGGCCGUAUUUUAAUUGACGGCCAGGACAUUAGAGAUGUGGACCUGGAAAGUCUCCGGAAACAUGUGGGGGUUGUUCCCCAGGAUACCCCACUGUUCAACGACACAAUUCUGGAAAAUCUGCGGUACGGAAACCUCAACGCUUCUGACGAGGAAGUUAUGUCGGUGAUCGAGAAGGUGAAGCUCGACAAGUUGGUGACCGAUCUGCCCGACGGCGUGGAAACCAUUGUUGGUGAACGAGGCAUGAUGAUCUCCGGAGGAGAGAAACAAAGACUCGCCAUUGGAAGGCUGCUGUUGAAAGACUCUCCAAUCACCUUCUUUGACGAGGCAACCUCUGCCUUGGACACCCACACCGAACAAGCCCUUUUGAAGACCAUCCGUUCGGUUUUCAGAGAGAGCAACAAAACAAACGUCAGCAUUGCACAUAGACUCCGAACCAUUGCCGACUCAGACAAGAUCAUUGUUCUUAGAAAUGGGGAGGUGCUCGAAGAAGGAACCCACUACGGUCUGUUGGACCGCGAAACGUCUCUCUAUAAAGAACUGUGGAACAUCCAGGAACAUCUCGACCUGGAGGGGGAGCUCGCCCAGGAGGAGGAAAAGGCUGAAAUUUCCAACAAGGCCUGA